AUGGCCUGGCACGUAGAAGACAACCCUACCCCCGCACCAGCAAAGCGGUCCAACGCCAAAAGGAAAAAGGGCUCUGCCCUCAACACCUCUACAAAAAAAACCGAUACCACCUCUCACGAUAACGACAAUAACAACUCGGACGGAGAACACGAUACCACGGAUGGAGGAGAUAACGACACCAAGAACGAGCUCUCGAAAUCACAACGCAAGCGUGCCCGCCACCAGGCUGCAUCCACAGAAAAGUCAAUGACCGAGGACGAGAAGAGCUGGAAUCAGGUCUCCCUCUUCGACGUUCCUGACCUUCCCUCCAACCCAGAACCCGUCCUCAUCUCCAAGAAGGCCGCCAAGGCCGCCAACAAGAAAGCUGCUGCCAAGGGAAAGAAGGGUGGCAAGGGAGUCAAGAAGCUUCCAGGCGGUGGUGAGAUUGUGAUCGCAGACUAUGGAAGGAUGGACGACUGGGGUUGGACUCCUGUCAGCACUGAGGGCAUCAUGAUGGACGAUAUGGAUGGUUUCCUGUGUCUUGAGGAACUGGAUGAUGUCCAGGUUGCCUACGAAGGUAGCGAUCUCACAGGAAAGACCAUCGUCUUCAAGCACGAUGCAAAGUCUGCGGCAGCAAAGAAGGGCAAGAAUGUCAAGCACUCGGAGCCUCUGUUUGUCGAGAAUGGCGAGGUCUUUUACGAUAUCGACACCUUUGAUGAGGAUACUCUCAUCAAGCAACAGCAGGAGGGAGUGCAGGACACCGAAGGUGACGCUGUCAUGGCUGAACCCGAGGGUGACGAUAACCAGAUGGACAUCGAUGACGAAGUGAAGGAACCUGUCGCCAAGAAGGCUGAAGCACCCGUCAAAGAGAAGAAGGAAAAGAAGGAGAAGAAGCAGAAGGAGGUCAAGGAGCAAUCCGCCAAGGCUGAGAAAAAGGAGCAGGAGACUGCUACCAUCGCUUCUGGAUUAGAGGGGGACGCUGAGGAAGAAACCAAGGAGGUAUCCGAGGCUGCACCUAAGAAGUUGUCCAAGAAGGAGAAGGCCACUCUCAGAGCGGAGGAGUUCAAGGCCAAGCGUGCCGAGGCCAAGGCUGAAAAGGCUGCCCUGAAGGCCGAGGAAGAGCCCAAGGAGGUCUAUAACCCCAUGGAGGGGGUCGAUCUCGAUUUUGACAUUUCGGCAUGGAAGGACUACAACCUCUCGCCCAUGAUCGAGAACGGACUGAAGAAGCAAAAGUUCACCAAGCCCUCUCAGAUUCAGGAACAGGCCUUGCCUCUGGCCUUGGCUGGACGCGACGUUAUCGGUGUUGCCGAGACAGGAUCUGGAAAGACGUUGGCCUUCGGUUUCCCCAUCAUCCAAUGCCUUGCUCAACAGGCCGCCUUUGCCAAAGAGAGCAACAGCCCCCUUAACGAAUCUCUCACUGCCCUUAUCUUGACUCCUACCCGUGAGUUGGCCAUCCAGGUUAAGGAUCACUUGGUGGCAUUUACUCAGUUUACAGGACACCAUGUGGUACCUAUUGUCGGAGGCAUGUCGGUCCAGAAGCAGACAAGACAGUUGGACAGGAACCCUGCGAUUGUUGUUGCAACCCCAGGUCGACUUUGGGAGUUGAUUUCGACCAACCCAACGUAUUCCGAGCGAUUGAUCCAGGCAAAGUUCUUGGUUCUGGAUGAGGCUGAUCGCAUGCUGGAGUCGGGACAUUUCGAGGAGUUGAGCAAUAUCUUGAAGCUGUUGGAGCGCAAGCGCGAGAAGACCAGCGAUUGGGAUCAACACGUCAAGGCAGCCGCUGCUGCUAAGGCCACCAACGAUGCCGAUGAUGACGACCAGGAGAAGAAGGACGGCAAGAACAAGGAGGACACCGUCAAGCCUACCUCGAUUGCCAGGACCGACUACGAGUCCCUUCGCCAGACCUUCAUCUUCACUGCGACAUUGUCCAAGGAGCUAUCGUUGAACUUGACCCGCAAGAAGAGCAAGGCCAAGUCUGCUGAGCAGUCGGCGGAGGGUACCCUCGAGGAUUUGAUGGAGAGGAUCGAGUUCCAUGACGAGUUGCCCGCCCUGGUCAACGUCGGUUCUGAGAAAAUUGUCGCGGCAAAGCUUUUGGAGGCCAAGAUUGACUGCUUGACGAACGAGAAGGACCUGUACUUGUACUACUUUGCCAAGAAGUACCCCGGUCGCACCCUGGUCUUUGUGAAUUCGAUCGAUGCUAUCCGUCACCUGGUUCCAAUGAUGCAGCUGCUCGGGAUCGAGGCUCUGGGCAUGCAUGCCCAGAUGCAGCAGCGUCAGCGUCUCAAGAACUUGGACCGGUUCAAGUCGAACCCCUUUGCAUUCAUGAUUGCCUCGGAUGUGGCUGCUCGUGGUUUGGAUAUUCCCUUGGUCGACCAUGUUAUCCACUACCAGGUACCUCGUUCCGGAGAUAUCUAUGUCCACCGGUCCGGUCGUACUGCUCGUGCCGAGAACGAGGGUAUUUCGUUGUUGAUCUGUGGACCCGACGAGGUCCAGCUCUACAGGAAGAUGUGCAUCACCCUCAAGAAGGACCAGACCGGUGGUAUCCCUGAUUUCCCUAUCGACCGUGGAGUUAUCAACGAUAUGAAGAAGCGCGUCGCCCUUGCCAAGAAGAUUGAUGAACAAGAGCAUCGCGUCCAAAAGUCGGCCCAUCAAGACGACUGGAUGUUGAAAUCCGCAGAGGCGAUGGAUAUCAUCUUGGAUGAAGACGUCCUCAACGCUGCCCCAAAGUCCUCAAAGAACAAGGGAGGUGACGACGAGGACAACUCUGCAAUGACGGGCCGCAAGAACAAGAUCAAGGCCAUGCGCGCAGAAUUGAAGUCCAUGCUCCAGACAAGGAUGAUGCCCCAGGGUGCCUCUGCCAAGUAUAUUACCUCGGGAGCCAUCCGGGACCUGGCUGAUCGGUUGAGGGACUCUGCGAACCAUAACCCGUUGAUGCCUGCCCACAUCAAGUCCACCGCCUUGGAGGAUAUCAAGGCGCAGAAGAAGUCCACCAAGAAGAAGGCUUCUCCUACCACUACCACUGCAUAG